AUGGAUAAUGGAGGCACUUGUGUUAUGGAUGUGUCGCCUGGUGGUACACACACUUGGAUACCUGAAUGUGACGCAAGCUUGAACCCAUUUGAAGGACAGAAAUUCGACACCAUGGAAGAUGGGAUCACGUUCUAUAUGACGUACGCUGGCAUAGUUGGAUUUGAUGUGCGUCACAGUUCCGACAAAAGAAACAAAUACGGCCAAAUUAUGAAAAAACAAGUGGUAUGUUCACGGGAAGGGUUUAAAGAGACAAAAGAUAAAGAGACUAUCGAGGAAGGAACAACAAAACAGAAGCGCCGGAGGACGACGAACAGAGUAGGAUGCCCUGCUAGACUUGUAUUGACGUUGAAUAAAGAGGGGAAGUAUGUAGUAAAGACAUUUGUAGACAGACACACACACGUCCUGUGCGAGGAGAAAUACAAAAGAUUCAUGAAAGUGAAUAGGAAAAUAGACAUCGGACAUCAAGAAUUCAUAACAAACUGUGGAAAGGUAAACAUUGGGGCUAGCAAGAGUUUUGAUAUGUACGCCGAGAUGGUUGGUGGGCCCGAGAAUGUUGGAGCUACGCAACAAGACUUCAAGAAUUACAAGAGAGAGCUUUUGGCGUACAUGAAAGAGAAAGAUAUACAGAUGGUGAUAUCCCAAUACCUAGAGAAGAAAAAUGAUUGCGUAGAUAUGUAUUUUGAGUACGAUGUGAACGAGAAAGACCAAUUAGCUUGGGUGUUUUGGGCGGAUAGGCAGGCAAGACUGCACUAUGGGGCUUUUGGAGAUGUGGUGUCAUUCGAUGCAACAUACAAAACUAACAGGUACAUAUGA